CAAACUUUUUUAAAAGUUGUUUAAGAAUUGUCUUAAUUGAAAUGAUUUUCUUUCCUUUUUUUCUACCACCAUUAAUUUCUUACUUUAAAAGUUAAUAACAAUCAAUAGAAUUCUAUACACAAGUAAUGAAAUCUAUGUAAAAGUAUUUGAUAAAAUUUGGUAAAUCUAGUUAACUUGUAAAAUCCUCUCAACUAUUAAAAUCAUCAAAUUCCACAGAAAUUCAUGUUCCAAUAACCCUCCUUAUUAGAUUUAAAGCUAAUAAUAUAAAGUUUCAGACAUCCAAGGAAGGAUAGAAACAGCAUUAACUCUCAAGCCUGGUGAAAGGCAAAAAGCUCUUAGGCGGCCACUGCGAAUGUUUUUUUUUGAGAAACAAACCUUUCCUAUUAUCAUCAUUAACAUCCCUAGCUCAGACGAUUCAUAAGUUAACACAGCAAGAGUACAAGAACUAUAGAGUACUGAUAAGAUGAAACUAAGUUUGUUUUAGGUCUUAGAGACAAUAGCGAGGAUGAGAAGUAUUUAUAUAAAGAAAGAGGAGGCGUCCGAUUAUUAUUAGGGCUUUCUUCUUACUCACACGAGCUUUCACUAAAACCUAUUCGCUCUGUUUCGUUAUGUAAGUAGUUUUAGCAAAAAAUAUUUGUUUCACAAUAUAAGUUGUUGUCGGAACCCAAAGCAAUAAAUAUACAAUAUUCCACUUAAAAACAUAAAGGUUUUGUCGUUAGUUUUCAAUUUUUUUAACACAACUUACAAUGUCAGUCAAUUAGCAUUUACUACUAGUUACUACUAGUUACCAAAAAAUCUAUUUCUAAAUUCACUAUAAAUACCACCGUAAGUGUUAUCUUACUCCAUUGGUUUUUGUUUUUGAUUUGCUUUCUUCGAUCUAUUUUUUCUUCAUAAAAAUAUGGAUCAAAAUGAAGAAAAAAGUCAAAAAGAAAACAAAACAGAAAAUGUGGCUCUUCUUCAAUUGGAAGUAGAUAAUACUUCUCGGUCUUUUUCGUCAUAUAUAACUAUUUCUCAUCGAUAUGAAUUAUGUUGUACAUAUCAACAAACUUGGGUUCGUGAGGUAGACUAUUUUUAUCCAACAUAGAGAAGCAAAAGUGUAACCUACUUGUUAUAUUGGCUUCCUUCAAAUAAGGCUUGAUGCUGUUGGUAUGACGUCGAAUAAGCCCUUCUUUCUUUCGUCUAAAUAGUGUUGUAAGACUCACGCCCAUAGUCAUAGACAUUGAUCUCAAAGUUGUCCGUUUGCAUAAUGGAACAGCAGUAACUUGAGUUGGCUCGAUUGUGAUUCUUUUGCGACCACAAUUCUCCGUUCUCCGAUGAGAUACAUUAACUCUUCCAGUAUUAGUUGUUGCUUUUGCUUGUCUCCAAAUUCUUUGUACGGUUGCAAUAGACACCGAGAACUGAUGAGAAACUUCUUUUGUUAUAUUUUUUUCCAACUUUCCCGCAAUGCUCUUCUCAAGUAAAGCACCGAAGACCUCGUGCCUUUCUUCAUUUGACAAAAAUUUCCUGGUUUUUGGUAAAUUUGGUUGACUUUGAACAACAUCAUGUCCUGUUACAAAAAUUAAUUUAAGAAAUAAAUAAGGUUAAAUGGAUAGUAGAAUUAUGACUGACAACAAAACAACAUAUACAUAUUUUAAAACAAAGGAAAUAAGAUUACGCCAACAAUUUUUGACCAGAGCAUCACACAAGCCAAUAAAUGAUUAAAUAUUGAAGAAUAUAAUGGUUUAGUGGUGACCACCACAUAAAUCUCUUUGACACUGUUCUCUUAGAGAAUAUAAUAAGUAAACACCAAUGAGUAACCGAAAAAAAUACCUGGACUAAUUGGUAUAUCUUUGUAGCCAUUGUUAACGUUUUCUUCUUUUUCUUCUGAUGGAAUUUCGUUUAAAUCAAACAAGAUAUCGCUCUCAUAAUUUUGAAACGAAACAUUUAAAUCAAAAUCAGACGCCAUAAGAAAGAAUGAGUGACCAUUCUUGGUUCGAAGCUUAAAUAAGCAUAUUACAAACUGUUCAAAAGUUUUACUUUGGCUCCAUCAUAAAAUUUUGAUUUUUUAGUUUAAAUUAGUUAUACAAAAAUUUGGCUCCAAAAUGUUGUAAAAAAAUUUCUAAAAACUCAACCGUGUGAUUGUUAGUAUUAUUUUUUAUUAAUUUUAUUACUAACAAUAAUCUCUUUCUAAUUAAAUGUUGCAGACAAAAUGAAUGUGUGCAAUAAAUAAAAAAACGUUUUUAUUGUUGCUUUAGAAAAAGUUGAAGUUUCUUAAUACCCGCGGUUUUAAGCAAAACUUCUUACGUAACGAAACGGAGGGAGUAUUAAAAGGGUUGUUAAUUAGAAAACUUAAGUACAUACCUAAAUGUUAGGUAUUCAAAAAGAUUAAAGUUUGGCUGCUGCGAUUCGAGCCCAGGUCUCCACGGCCACAAAGUGGAAUUCUCACCACUAAACUACAGCCACUUUGUUGGUCAAUCUUGUUGAACGUAAUAGAGGUUUGAUACAAAGAAACCUUUUGUAUACAUCCUCCGUUACUCAUCUGUUCUUCACUAAAAAGCCUAACGCUUCACUAAUCCUGUUUUAAUUACUCCUUAGUCAUUUACUCUAGACCAGCCCCCACUAAUAGAACCUUUUAUUACUCUUAAUAAUCACACCACUAACUCCAAAAAAAUCAGUAUAAAUUCGAUCUAUCGCUAGCCCUCUCUGAUCGCACAACCAAGAAAUUUACAAAAAAAAAACAAAGCCACAGCAAUAAAAAAAAGAAUGGCUUCAAACACCACUUUCCUCUUCGCCACCGUGGCACUUCUUGGCCUCCUCCUCCUCCAAAUCACCACCGUCUCAUGCAGAGAUCUUCCAUCGGAGUCAACCAACAUAGCGGCGAGGCUCCAAAGCGGAGGACUAAUGGAUUGCUGGAACGCAUUGUACGAGCUUAAAUCAUGCACUGACGAGAUCGUUCUCUUCUUCCUCAACGGCGAAACCAAACUCGGUGUUAGUUGUUGUGAAGCCGUCGACGUCAUUACGACCAGUUGUUGGCCUGCGAUGCUCACUUCUCUCGGCUUUACAUCUGAGGAAGCUAAUGUCCUACGUGGCUUUUGCCAGGAUCCAAACUCUAGCGACUCUUCUCCAGCUGCUUCUCCCAAGAAAGCUUGAUUGUGAUAUUAUUAAUACAAGCAAAUGGCUAUGAAAAAAUCUUUUAAUGCUCGUGUUUUGUUUUAGAUCCAUUUAACUAUUAUCAAAUAAAAGAUUUAUCAAGUU